CGAGGUGGCUCUGAGGUAAAAAUGAAGUUCAAUCCCUUUGUGACAUCUGACUGGAAUAAGAACUGCAAGAGGCAUUUCAACUCCCCUUCCCACUUACGGAGGACGAUUAUGUCUUUUCCUCUUUCAAAGGAGCUGAGGCAGAAGUACAAUGUCUGCUCCAUGCCCAUUCGAAAAGAUGAUGAAGUCCAGGUAGUUCGAGGACACUACAAAGGACAGCAGAUUGGCAAGAUAGUCCAGGUUUACAGAAAGUGUGUGAUCUAUAUUAAGCGUGUGCAGCAGAAGGCUAAUGCCACAACUGUCCAUGUGGGUAUUCAUCCUAGCAAGGUGGUUAUCACAGGGCUAAAACUGGACAAAGAUUGCAAAAAGAUCCUUGAACAGAAAGCCAAGUCUCACCAAGUAGGAAAGGAAAAGGACAAAUAUAAGGAAGAAAUUACUGAGAAAAUGCAAGAGUAA